GUACGUGCGGAAGCAGGUAUCCGCUUUGCAGCUGUCUUGGGAAAACCGCUCCCGCCGUAUCGUUUGAGGAAGUGUCCGGGAAUCCAGCCUCCAGGAGGUGAGGGCGAGGCUGCACUGGAUGUCACUGUGGCAACAAUUUGCCCCGUCGACUGCCCUGACGGUGAGGGGGAGGCCACGGUGGAUCGCGUGGUUCAGGAGGAGAUGGCCAAGGCCAACGGUUCCGCUCACAUCGACCAACAAGAGGCGUCAAAGAUCAACACAAUGCUGACCUGCUUGAGGAAGAAGAUGAAAGCCGCCCAAGAAAUGCAGAACUUGGCGGAGACCAAGGAACUCCUCGCAGUGAUCCGAGGCGAGACUGCUGCGAAGAUCAAGCCAAUCAAGGACAAUCAGACUGCUGCGGCUGUGGAUAUGAGUGCUCGCGACGCUGCCCAUCACCUGGUACAGAAGGAGUUCGAGAAUGAUGAAAAGGCGCUGCAGAAGAUUAAACUGACCCCAAAGGCCGUGGAGAACUUUGCCGACGAGGUUGAAGCUCUGGCAACGAUGUGCAAGGACGCUGCGGAGGCUGCUGCUAUUCGCAAGCUGCAAGAAGCUGCAUUGACCUCGAUCAACGAGAAUGGGAAGGCCACCAGCGUGGAAGCCGCCGCUACGGCCGAUGGUAUCGCAGAGAAUGUGAAAGAGAAAUGCCACGUGAGGACCCUGAACUUGGACUUCUUCGUGGAGCACGCCUCCAUGCUGGCCGGUGCGCACUGCGGCAGCUCCUUCCUGCAGGAGCAUCACAUGAAGCAGGCCGCCGAUCACAUUAAGGAGCUGAACUUCAAGGCCAAAGCCGCCAUGGCCCUGCACGAUGACUCCAACCGGCUCGGGCAUCACAUGGUGCAGCAUUUGCGACGGCACACAGAGCAUUCCGGGAAGGACGAGCAUCGCCCCUCCAUCUUUCUGUGGCUCAGCCUCGAGUCAGCUCUGGGCUUUUGCGUGCCUUCCAACACCACAGCCUGA